AUGGCGCAUAUAGAGAUCAAGAUAGAACAACAACAACAUAGAAAAUCUUCUAACCGAGGUAAUACUCCUUCUAAAUUUUUCUCCAAUCCAUUAUCCACUCCUAACAAUGUCAGGAAGCAAGCACCACUUAAGAUUAAGGAAAGAACAAAAUUUAGUAGCCUGAAACCUUCUGUUGUUGAAGUUGGACGUGGAAAACAACAUAUGCCUCCAGAACGUACAAGAGACAUCCAAUGCAUUAAAUGCCUUGGCAGAGGGCAUGUUGUGAGUCAGUGUCCUAAUCGAAAGACAAUGUUGAUGCGUGUGGAUGGGGAUAUAGAGUCUGAAUCCAAAGAUGACGAGCAAGAAACCCCUUUAGCGGAGGAUGAUGAAGAUGAUGACCAAUUGCAGACAUGUGCAACAGGUGAAGCACUUGUGGUAUCUGUUGUGAUUAUUGAUAGUGGUAGUUGUACUAACGUUGCAAGUAUUAUAAUAGUUGAUAAGUUAGAACUGAAAACGAAAAAGCAUCUCAAUCCGUACAAGCUACAACGGUUGAAUGAUGGUGGAGAUUUAAAGGUCACUAAACAAGUUUUUAUGCCAUUUACCAUUGAAAAGUACAAGGAUGAAGUGUUGUGUGAUGUUGUGUCAACGGAUGCCACUUAUUUGUUGUUGGGACAUCCGUGGCAGUUUGAUAAAAAGGUGAUGCAUAAUGGUUUCACAAAUAGAUCUUCUUUUAUGAAUGCAGGUAAGAAAAUCGCCUUAGCACCUUUCACACCAAGUCAAGUGCAAGAAGAUCAAGAAUUUGAGUACGUGCUUCUAGAUGAGACACCGAGUGGAUUGCCACCUAUUCGGGGCAUUAAAAUCAGAUUAACUUUAUCCCGGGAGCUAAUAUUCCAAAUAGGCCAACAUAUCAAAUCUCUGCAGGAACAUGAGGAACAUUUGAGAAAUGUUCUUGGCACAUUGAGAAAAGAAAGAGCACAGGGCGUAGAAGUCGAUCCUAAAAAGGUAAAGGAAGAAGCCUUUCUGAAAAUAAAGGAUUGUUUGACUAAGGCAUCAGUGUUAGUCUUGCCUAAUUUUGAUAAAAUGUUCGAGAUUGAGUGUGAUGCUUCAAGUAUAGGAAUUGGAGUAGUCUUGUCACAAGAAAAACGGCCUAUUGCAUAUCUCAGUGAGAAGUUGAGUGGUGCUACCUUAAACUAUCCAGUUUAUGAUAAGGAGAUAUUUAUAUGCCACUAUGAUUUUGGAGAAAGAUACAUGUCAUGUGAAAAAAGUGCAUAUGAGAAGUUCUAUCGACAUAAUGGCUAUCUUUUCAAAGAAGGAAGAAUCUAUAUUCCUCAAGGGUCAAUUCGAGAAGUUCUUGUUCGAGAAGCACAUGAAGGUGGAAUCAUAGUACAUUCUGGAGUCACUAAGACGUUGCACAUUCUGAAGGAGCAUAUAUUUUGGUCUAAGAUGCACAGGGACGUUGAAAGAAUAUGUGAACGUUGUGUGACAUGUAAGAAAGCAAAAUCAAAGGUUCUACUGCACGGUAUGCAUUUGCCUUUACUCAUUCCUGAUUCUUCUUGGCUAGAUAUCUCGAUGGAUUUUGUGUUGGGAUUACCUAGAACUAGGAUAGGCAGAGAUAGUAUAUUUGUUGUGGUUGAUAGAUUUUCAAAUAUGGCACACUUCAUUACGUGUCAUAAGACUGAUGAUGCUACUAACAUGGCUAACUUAUUUUUCAAAGAGACUGUUCAUUUACAUGGAAUUCCUAGGUUUAUUGUUUCUGACAGGGAUAUGGGGGAUGAUGUGAGCAUAUCUAUGCCAGCAAAGGAUGUUGAUCUGGAGAUCUUACCAACAGGACCUAUCACUCGUUCUAAGCUAAACUUCAGCUCCACUAGCUCAACUCUAGCUGACAAGUCCAAAAGCAGCUUAAAGAUGUCCUACGUGUAA